AUGGGCGCAUCUGUAAGAAAAUCUGUUCUUACCGAUGAGCAUAAUGUUGACAUCCAUUCGCUUGUGUGGCUCGAUGCAUCCGUUAAUGCGACGUCGGAAAACAUUAAUGUUCAACAGCAACUUCGAACUUUGAUCGAUAACUUCAAAGCAUUUGAGAACACGAAUGAUUGUUUUAACUACAUUCGACAUAUACCGAAACAAAACCGAAUUCUACUGGUUGUCAGUGGUCGGCUAGGUCGAGAAAUACUUCCGCGCAUUCAUCGUCUAAAGCAAGUCCUCUCGAUUUAUGUCUAUUGUAUGGAUAAACAGAAGAAUGAAAUGUGGGCACAAAAGUAUCCGAAGAUCAAGCGUGUUAUUACCAAUCUGGAUGAGUUAGUUGUUCAAAUUAAAUCCGAUCGAACACGACGCAAUGCUUUCGAAACUGAUGGAUCAUGGUCGUUUAAUCUGUAUAAAAAGCCAUCGAGUGACGAACAAUCGGCUAAAUCAGUCGACAUGCACAACCGUUUUCUUCAUUCGAAAUUCUUCUUCGACUGUUUAUUUCAAAUGAAAUCGAACACAACAGAUAGACAUCAGUUAAUUACUCUAUGUAAGGAUCUAUACAGAGGAGAUCAAGCGGAAUUAGUUAUCCUCGAUGAUUUCGAAAAGACUUAUACAUCCAACCAAGCACUUGCAUGGUACACAAUGGACUGUUGCCUGACCCGUUUAUUCAACAAAGCAAUACGCGAACAAACACUUGAAAUGUUGUAUUUAUUCCGAUUUUUCUUCCGCGAUAUCAAAAAUCAAAUGGAAAUGAAUCGAUGUUCAUCUACGGUGAAAGCUUACCAUGGCCAAUGUGUAUCACGCGAUGAUUUACAAUCAAUAAAGAAUGCGAUGGGCGGAUUUAUCUCGAUGAAUGUUUUUCUUUGCACGUAUUCGAAUCGUCAAAGAGCGUUGAAGAACUUACCGGAUUCAGAUGAAGUUGAACUCGCUCUCUUCGAAAUCGAUGCGAAUCAUUCUCUUGAUGGAGUACCUCCGUUUUGUAACAUGAAAAAUUUAAGUUAUUCGAAUCAAGAUGAUGAAAUCUUCUUCCUAAUCGGUUCGAUAUUUCGUAUCGAUGAAAUCAAUUCUAAUCAUGAUAGAAUGGUAUCCAUACGAUUAACAUUAUGUUCUGAUAAUGAUCCUCAGCUGAAACCAAUACUUAAGCCUUUCAAAGAUGAACAAGUGACCAUUUUAUCAUUUGGUGAUGUUCUAUGUCGAAUAGGAAAAUUCAACGAAGCAGAGAAAUACUAUUCUCGUUUAUUAACCGAAUUACCUGCUGACGAUCUGGAGAAUCUAGCAGAAUGUUAUUAUGCAUUAGGUAACAUUUUCAAUGAAAAAGAUGAUUAUCAACUAAGUUCUCAAUGGCAUGAAAGAUCUCUAGCGAUCAAAAAACAAAUCUAUUCAGAAAACAAUCCGAGUAUUGCUGAUAGUUACAAUAGUAUUGCUGAUAUUGAACGCAAGCAAGGACAAUCACAGCAGGCACUCGAGUUGUAUGAGAAAGCCUUGCAAAUUUGGUCCCAAGCUUAUAAUAAUGAUCAUCCGAAAAUCGCCAUGUGCCUGAACAAUAUUGGCUGUAUCUAUGGCGAAGAGAAAAACUACGAAAAAACACUUGAAUAUCACGAGAGAGCGUUGAAAAUCAUGGAAAAGCACUUCCCGGUCGAUCAUCUUUGUCUAGGACAUACGCAUAACAACAUCGGAAGUGUCUAUCGGUAUCUUGAAAAGUACAAUCUCGCUUUAGAGCAUUAUGAAAUCGCUUUGAAAAUUAAAACGAAAUGUUUUUCUUCGAAGCAUCCAUCGAUUGCAUCAACAUUGAGCAAUAUGGCGUGUGUUUACGAAGACAUGCACGCAUAUCAACAAGCAUUAACUCAUUUUGAGAAAGCAGCUGCCAUUUAUCGACACAAUUUUCCACCGACAUACCCUGAAAAUGUUCGAAUUAUAAAUGAUAUUCAAAGAAUUUCGAAGAAACUCAAACAUUAA